CCUUGUUGACGUUGCGCGCUGGUUGAGGCUUGUACUUUUACUGAUAAGGGAGUGACGACUGGAAACUCCUGUUGAUAGUCAAUGAACACAAAAGUAAUUGCGAACACAAGGGAAGUAACGUUGAGAGUGAUCAAGAGAUGUGUGCUGAAUUUAAUUUGAUUGUGCGAAAAAUGUUAAAUUUUCUCUGCAUGUCGCUAUGUCUGGUCAGUCGUUUGCCGAGCGUUAAACCAGAAACAUCAUAAUCGAUUGCGUUUUAGUCAGUGUGUAUAAAUAGUAAUACGAAAUACAGAAUUGAAUUGAUUUGUUUGUAAAUACAGGAUAACAAUUUAAAUUUAGCAAAACGAUCAAGCCAUUUAUGUUAAGUUAUCAAUUUGAUGUGUGCUUCAGUGUGAUAUAAUAUUGGCUGUAAAACAAUUUGUCAACCUGUAAGACUGUAACAGGUGGUAUAGUGUUGUGGAGAAUUUGCACACCAGUCCGAAGCAUACUCAUAAAAGAAAUCGGAUAAUUAUAGCCCUAACAGAAGAACUACAGCGUAUAGUAGCGCCAACAUUACCAACAUCACAGCGAUCGAGAAUAAGAACAACGCGCACAUCGCAUCAUCGACAACAUCAUAUACCACAGUGAUUCACGAUGACGUCUCUGGUGCCCGUCGAAAACAAUAAUACCAUCACCGUGGAACAACAGCAACGGGAAACGUACCUCCGUGAACUCACCAAGACAUUCGUUGGAAUCGAAAAACCACUGAAAAACGCGCCAAGCUGCGCAACGUUGGCCGAGCUUAUCAGCGAAUUACACAAGACAUUCGACUCGAAUCACGUUAACAUCGAAUACGUUAACCAUUUGAUGCUGAGUUACCAGUCCAACCCAGCGGAGUGGCGAAGAUUUGCCAAAUUUGAUCGAUUCAGAUAUACUCGCAAUCUGGUCGAUGCAGGCAACGGAAAGUUUAAUCUGUUGAUCUUAUGCUGGAACGAAGGACACGCUUCGGCUAUCCACGAUCAUGCGGACUCCCACUGCUUCAUGAAGAUGCUCAAAGGAGAAUUGACUGAGAUACGGUAUGCUUGGCCGAAGUACGCUUCGGAAAAUGAUGCCAUAUCCAGCGGCACCGAUAACAGUUCUUUAAAGGAUGAAUAUGAUGGAAAUGAACUUGAAGAAAUUUCCCGCUCAAUUAUGGAAACCAACGGAGUUUGUUACAUCAACGAUACAUUAGGUUUGCAUCGGGUCGAAAAUCCAAGCCACUCGGACGUGGCGGUCUCACUGCAUCUGUACUGCCCACCAUUUGACACGUGCUCGAUUUUCAACAAACAAACCGGCAAACGUACAAAGUGCAAGGUUACCUUCUGGAGCAAAUACGGAAAACGAGAACCACAAGAAUAGAAUCAAAAUACACCAUGCUCAAUGAACUUCCGAACUGUGAGAAACUUACAAAGAAAUACUUCCUACAAGUGAGAUUUUACAAGUUGAACCAUUCCGGCCUCCAAAUAUUUUGAUAACUAGAAAUUAAGGCAAAAUAAAGUAUAUUUUAAUAUUUUACAAGUAAUAUUCACAUGCUGUGAAUUUCAAAACUAAUAAGUAAGAAAUAUUUUACCUUUGUUUGAGACUAUACAUAUUGAUAUUCAAAUAUAUUUUAGUCCAAUAGA